GAAAAAAACAUGAAACAAAAUAAGAAACAUUUUUCCAAGUAAUAACAAUUUUUUCUCAUUUUUGAGGAAUGUUCUCUUAUUUCGAAAAAAAAGGAACUUGCAAUAAAAAUAGAAUAAGUGCAUUUCCACCUUUUUGAAGUAAAUGAGCUUUGAAAGCUCGAUCGAUAAAUGACAAACAAGACCGUUGGCCUCUUAACAAAUGAAAAGAAUGAAACCUGAAUAGAACACACCACUUGCAAUUACUGUAACAAUCAUUUUCUAAAGACAAUUUCCUUUUGUCUCUUGGAAGUGCUUCUUUGAAUUAAUAAUAAAAAAAGAGGAAAAUGAAAAAAAUCGAGACUAUCAAAAACAACCACUCGACCUUAUGCCCUCUUUCGGGAAGUCGGCGAGAAAAAAAAGGAAGAAAAGAAAAAAAGGAAGAGUGAUUGAAAGGUCGUUGCUACAACUUCCAUUGAAAUUAUACAUCACAAACAAUCUAAAAAUGUAUCACAACUCGUCGGAAGUAUUAACCCCAAGUUCUAACUUCACCUGAAAGCAUUAGAAUGAACGUCGAGGUUGCCAUGCCAUUAUUGAUUCACGUGGGAGUGAUGCGGGGCGUGUUGUGUGUUUGCCCUAUUCGUGGAAAGCGCGGAUUAAAGUCGCGUAGUUUCAUCAAAAAUUUCCCAUCAUUUUUUCGUUCCUCUUUAGACGAAAUGUUGUCAUCAGUGGAAAUGGAGAGUGAGAGGAAGCGAGAGAAAUAACUAAGAGAAUUUGAAGAAUUGAAUUUGAAAUGAAAAAGGAAUUGAAUGAUGAUUGAUGAUUUAGUGAGGAAUAAAUGCGGAAAAAGUGAAAUAAAUUGGAGUGUUAAGCGCCACGUCUUUGUCGCGGACAUUGAGCGGCGGCAUGUCAACUAUCAAGCGUUAUGCGAAGCGCGAGCACGACAAUUUCACACUUCUGCUCAUUGCAAGAUACAAAUUUUAUUCCGCCCGAGCAAAGACGAUUCAGGCGGAUACAUGGACUUCAACUUCCCUUGCAUCCUCAACAAGUGGUCGGCUGGAUUGCUCUCGUUGUCAUUGGUUGCGGAACAAUUGGCGUUUUAAUACCAAUACUAAAUCCAAAAUUACAAGCGCCAAUUCUUUGUCUUAUUAUUCCCGCGUUCUUUGUUCAUUUUGUGUCACAUAUUGUUGUUCUUUUACUCGAUCCGGCAGAAGCGGAGGUCAGGGCUCAGCCAACAUCGCAAGUUGUACCGGAAUUCGACCGUACGAAGCAUCUCCACGUCAUCGAAAACGGCAGAUGUCAUCUGUGCAACAUAAACGCAAGUAGCAAGAAAACAAAACACUGCUCAAUUUGCAACAAAUGCAUAACAAGAUUCGAUCAUCACUGCAAAUGGCUCAACAAUUGCAUUGGUGGCCGAAAUUAUAAAAUCUUCAUUGUCUACCUGAUCUCGGCAAUAUUAUCGACAUUCACUGUCGCAACUGUAUCAGCAACGGAGCUUUCUCUCGUGUAUCUAAACUCGGUCAACAACAACAUGACAACAGACAAUGUCACGCUACCAUUGAGCCUUCAGUUGCCCGGCACUGGAUCGCUGAUUGUCAUUUCAAUUGUCGGAAUAAUAUCAGCAAUUGCAGCCGUGCUACUCAUUCAUCUCUGCUUCUUUCACGGCUACAUUGCAUGUUUAGGUCUCACCACCUACGAAUAUCUCCGCAAUAAGCGCGAAAAAAAUGAAACUAUCGAGGACACUGGAAGAAAAAAUUCCACCGGUAUCGUUGUACCAUGUCCAUCGUUUUGCACCAGCAAAAAUGAAACACCGGUUCGUUAUCAUUUCUGCGAAGCCGUCUCAUCAACAUCAACGUCCUCUUCAAACGAGAGCAAUCAAAUUGAAUCCCGAAAUGUUUACAUAUGCUCAACGCAUAAUGAACAAACAACCACGAAUCAAACAGUUGUCACUCAAAAAGACAGGAGAAAUUUUCAUCUUUAUUUUUCCUACGAGGCACGAAACACUGAAACGUCCAUUGAACUAAUGUCGCAAACAGUCCUCGACAAUAACCGUCCAAAUAAUCUCAGUCCAAUUGAACUAAAACCAUCGACUCCGUCCCCUGUAUCAUGCUGUUUCUCCAUCAUCAAUUCAUCGUCGACCAAAAGCUCCAGACACAAUAAGCAUCGUAAGCAUCGCGACUCUGACGCUGAUAAUCAAAAAUUGCCACGAACCUGCACGACAAUGCGACGAAUUCAAACGUUCCUUCGCAGUCGACUAAGAAAGAAUGCGAUUCAACGUUCAAUUCAUGCGGACGCAUCGCGAAAGAGUCGAAUUGCACCCGCUGUCGCUGAUUCAAUUGUCGAGACAACCAACACCACAACAACUACUGCCGACGCAAUUGUUCCCAAGGAGAAUUCGCCAAUUGAGGAUUUGUCGCCGCUCAAGUUGCAGCCAUUGACGAUUCACGCGAGGCCACGCUUGAAGCAAAUUAGCGUCUCGGGCGCGCCAUUGUAUCCUUUUACAAAUGCAGCGAUAACAAAACGUGGCCAAGCGCAUUUUCGUGCUCGACGCUCGUCGUUGCAUAAAAGGCCACGACUUAAAAUGGGAUCACACGUUAUGAUGCAGUCAGCUCAAUUGUCACCGAUACCCGAAUCGGAAUUAUCGAAACCCGCGUCACCACGAUCACCACCGCAAACAAAUCAUUUCACAUUUCCACCAUCGAACCCAUCAACGCUGUGAAAAUUAGUCUCUCAUUUCUUCAACAAUGUAUUGUGUAUAUAUGUAAAAGGUUUCCUAUAGACGAAUAUAUAGUAGUUGAGUGAUUUAUUGUUACAAGACAGGGAUCUUCAAGAAGUUUCAAAAAAGCGAAAAAAAGUUUCCCCAAUUUGGCAUCGACGCUGAGCGUCGAAAACAUUUCUUUUAUCGCCGAAGCAGUUCUAUGAAUUUGACGUUCAGCGUCGAAAACUAUUUUACGAGGUUUUUGGAGAUGAAAAUAUUACUAAUUUCGCAGUUUUCAUUCAUUUAAGGCGUUAAAAUCAGGACUCAAACUAGGUCCGUAAUUUGAUUAAAAAGGACGAAAAGUUCGUAAAUUGUACGAUAUAAUAAGGAGAAUUUUAGAAAAAUUA